GCUGGACUUCUACCAGGCUGUUGUAUUUGGAUGCUACCAUUUUGGAACCAUAUGUUUCCCCCUUAAUUUAAUGCGUCAUUGUGACCUGUCAUACACUUCCUCAGGCAGAGCAACCCACAAAGACAUUCUCAUAACUCUGUUAUGUGGGUCCUAAUUUUGUAAGCACUCUGCAAUUACAGAUGACCUCUCCAAAGAGCUUCCUGGAUGAUCAUGCAAGACCAAAAAGCAAAAAAUAAACACACAGAAACCCUCCUUCUCUACUGAAACGGUCAUUAGAUGCAAUUUUCUAGCUUUGAAGGCUCUAGUACAUUCCAGCCCAUGAAACUGAAUUUAGGAGAUGGAGGACCAUGCUGAACAAUAGACUUUCUCAAGUCCUUUAUGGGUAGAAGAGAGAGAACUUGAAAUGUACUCUUGAUGGAAGCAAAUGUCAAUAAAAAGAAUCUGAACAAAAUUAGUGACACUCUGCCAAGUGCUGGAGACACCCCUGCUAGUGUCUCUGCCCUCUUGCCUUCAGAGCAGGUUGCACCAUCAAAUGUGCCGGUUAUUCCCCGAAUUUUGCCAGAAGAAGUACAUCUAGAAGCUGGACCCCAGAAAAGGCGGCCAGGCACUGCAAUAAUAUCAAAGCAGUCAGACUCUUCAAACAUGUCUCGAAUGCCACUGAAUCGACCAGUCAUCCCACCAAGAAGACCUUGCUUCAGGGUAUGCUAUAUCUGUGGCAGAGAAUUUGGGUCACAGUCCAUUUCUAUACAUGAACCUCAGUGCUUAGAGAAGUGGCGUAUUGAAAAUGAUCAGCUACCAAGACAUCUGAGAAGACCAGAGCCUCGGAGACCUGAGGUCCUUACUGGUGGUUCCUGUAUGCUUACAGCUGAAAAUGAAGCAGCUUAUCAGAGUGCUCAAGCCCAGCUUCUGCCCUGUGGAACUUGUGGCCGGACCUUCCUUCCAGACCGUCUCAUUGUGCACCAAAGGAGUUGCAAAGGAAGUGGCAGUGGUGUGGGGUUACCAAGUUCUAACCCCCAUAAAUCUGGCUCAGCAAAAGAAGAUCCAUGUAAGACCAGUCAACAGAAGAGCAGGGCUGCACCAGCCAUGUUAGACAAGGCACGAGUGGUAAGACGGCCUCCAACAGUGAUUUGUUACAUAUGUGGCCGUGAGUAUGGAACAACAUCUAUUAGUAUCCAUGAGCCACAGUGCCUGAAAAAAUGGCACCAAGAGAAUGACAUGCUACCCAAGCGCUUGAGGAGGCCAGAGCCCAAAAAGCCUGAAGUCAAUCCCGUACAAGCCAAAGGUUUCUAUGAUCUUGAUGCUUUAAAUGAGGCUGCCUGGAUCAGCGCCCAGAACCAGCUAGUUCCAUGUGAUAUUUGUGGGUGUACUUUCCUUCCAGACAGACUGAUUGUACACCAGAAGUCCUGUAAACCGAAACCUGCAACAUAAAGUGGAUGUGACACACAUACAUACAUACGCAUGCAUGUUCCCUGCCACCCCCCCGCCCCCCUGUGUGUAUAGGCAUCAAGGCGCACUCAUGCACUUAUACCUUUCAACCAAACUACAGGAGAAAUAAAACCCAGCUGGAGAGCCAUGGGCAUAAAA